AUCUGCUACCACUUUUUCUUCACUUGCUCACAGCACCUAGCUGCUCUCAUAACAAUGGAGGAAACGACGACCUUUCAUGGACUAGGACACCUCUUCAUGACAAUCUUCUUGUACUGCUUCUCAUCAUUCAUCGUGGCUCCAGCGAUAACCGACAUCAGCAUGGCUGCGCUAUGUCCCGGAAAAGACGAGUGUUCUCUUGCCAUUUACCUCUCCGGCUUUCAACAAGUUAUCACAGGAGUGGGAUCGUUGAUGAUGAUGCCAUUGAUGGGAAGCUUGUCGGACAAGCAUGGUAGAAAAUGUUUGCUUACUCUUCCAAUGACACUCAACAUUUUGCCUCUUGCGACAUUAGCGUAUAGUAGAGGGACGACCAUCUUCUACAUGUACUAUGUACUCAAGACUUUCACUUCGAUAGUUUGUGAAGGAAGUGUUCUUUGUCUUGCCCUUGCUUACGUGGCUGAUAAUGUAUCAGAAGGGAGACGAGCCUCCGCGUUUGGAAUACUUACCGGGAUUACAUCAUGUGCAUUCGUUUGCGCCACUCUUUGUGCUCGAUUUUUAUCUAUUGCCGCCACAUUUCAGAUCCUCCAUAUUGCUACUUAUUUGGUCGCAGCAGCAAUGGCAAUUUUAUCAACGUUGUAUAUGAGGCUUUUCCUACCGGAUUCGAUCCGAGACAAUAGCCUCGGUGCUCCCAUUGUUUUAAGCGAGAAAUUGAGUUCUCCUUUACUUGAGGAUUGUCAUGGACAUAAAAAUAGAAUAUUUAGAGCAAUUCGUUCGGUACGUGAAAUGACUUCUUUAAUGAGAAGGAGCGUUCCACUUUUUCAAGUUGCGAUGGUAUCAUUCUUCAGUAGUCUUGCUGAGGCAGGUCUACAUGCGUCAUCUAUGUACUAUUUAAAGGCCAAGUUUCACUUUAACAAAGACCAGUUUGCAGACUUGAUGAUCAUAUUUGGCGCAGCCGGAUCUAUUUCACAGGUAAAUAAGAAUUAAUAUGCUUACUUUUGUAGCGACUUUUGGGACCUUGGUCUUUUUUUCAUAUUGUUUAACUUACAUAGAAUUCUUAUUUCACAGUUGCUCUUUAUGCCCAUUCUAGUUCCUGCUUUAAAAGAGGAGAGACUGCUCUCAAUUGGUCUUUUCUUUGGUUGUGCCCAUGUAAGAACCGUCUUUUGUCUCGUCCUUAUUCUUUUCCGCGAUUUUUUUGUUCUCU